GGAAUCAAGUCCCAGUGGCAGCAUGCUCCAUCGCUGAGGUCAAGUCCCAGUCAGCCGGCCAGCGCCAGGGACAGUGGCAUCCACUCAAAUGGGGAGGAGCAGCACUCACAGCAGGGCUACAACAGAAGUUAUACCCCUGACUGGGUGGAGAUGACCAGCAAUUAUCGUGAAGGUCGUGGACCGCAACAGCGGCUGUCAGCACAGAGUCAGCCAGACCUAACCUUCGGACGCCAUUCAACUGGUCAACUGCCAAAGGGAUAUCAAGAGGAUGGGUCAGUUGCAACGCGACCGCCAGUAUCAGACAAGAUGAGUCACCACAAGCGAUACAAGCUCAAGAAAAAGGGGGAUCGUCAGGGGGGCUAUUAUCAGACUGGAAGUCAGACUAACCUGCCCCCUGACUAUGCCACCACCUACAGCCUCCCACAUCACAGACAUCGUCCCGCAUCAGCCAUUGACUUCAUUUCGCGCCAUGAAUCAUCCCAACUUCGUCAUAGCCAUGAACACCUUCACAAUCGACCCCAGUCAGCCAUGGGCUUACCAGGUGUUCCUAGCAACCGAAGUCGACCCAGUCAUCAUCAGAUCAUCAGUCGGCGACAUCAGGACAGUGCGAUGAACAGAUCCAUGCCUGGUACUAUUAACACUUCUCAUUCGUCAUCGAUGAUUCAUUCCACACAUCUCAAUAACUCCUUCCCAGCCCAGAGGUCUUUCUCCCCCUUCCCACAUGACUCCCCUCGAAUCUUGGUGAAUGGGCACAGAAGGGAAAGUUACCCAGACAGCUGCCAUGGAAUUCCGGGUAGUAGUUAUGGUGUAUAUGGUGAUGAGGAUCAUGGUAUUACUAGUGCUCACAGCUUGAAAUACACUGACCCUAACCGGGCAUUACAUCGACAGUAGUCAGUCAGAGCCACGCUACUCGGAAGACCUUGAUCUAGCUGUGUCAUUAGCUGAUAGUCUGAGUGACCAGGCCAAUGCCACACAACAGGAUGGGAUCACACAGAGGACCAUGUCGCAAGGCUUCGACACGCAGAUCACUUCUCCAGGAUCUGAGGACCAGGGGCCUGGGUUAGAGUCGGCCUCCAGCCACAACAAGAGUGAUCGCAGCAUGCAUACAUCAGACCUCCAGCUCAACCUGGAGUCGGUGCAAGACACUCGAAGCGACACAGAUGAAGCUCGCAUCCAGCAGCCCAUCAUGUGCUCCGAUUCCUCCGACCAGCCAAACUCCUCCUUUGAUGAAUCUGUGAGGUCCGAGUCUCGGAACAGUGAACAUAAGAUGGAGGAGAGCUCGGACAUUGUUACAAUGAGUCAAUCACAGUCUCCCUCACAUUCCUCAGACACGGAGUUGAGGAAGGUUCCACUGGCAUCUGACACCAGCCUCACCCCAACUCCCAACUCAGUGUCAGACACUAAUGGUAACACUUCCCACCUGGGCUUCUCUUCUGACACAAGGAGGCUUGACAUAAACCCCUUCGAGAACUCUGUGCUUUCGUUUGAUGAGAGAAUGCUGUCAAAUCACAAACCCCUACACAAGCCACAUGGUGUUGAGAGGCCACAGUCAGACAGAUUUAACUCCAGGACAAGGAACACAAACAGGUUGUCGUCUCCCUUCCCCCAGCCCCGCCCUGCUGACUUUGCUCCAGACCUGCACACGUCCCCCGAUGAAACUGAUGGUCUUCAGGCCAAGAAAGAUAACAAGAAAAAGAAGGAAAAAACAAAACGAUAUAAUUCUAUGGAGAACCUUUCCAAAUCUUCCGAGGAUGUGAGUUCCAAGAAAACAUUCAAGUCAUCACUGAAGCACUUCUUUGGGAAGAAGAAUGGGCUGCUUCCCAGCCUCCCUUCAUUCAGGGUCAAGCAGUCGGCCCACCCACAGCCAGGAGGUUCAGUUCGAAUGGAUAAACUAGAGGCACAGUUUGCCAAGGAUCAUGGCAUCGACUGCAUUCCUCCAGGACCUUCCCACCAGGGAGCUAACAGCGUUCUGAACAACAACAAUGACACUAAGAUACCACCCGUGAAACUUGGGGACCAACAGAAGUCAUGUAGCACUGCCUAGGAUCAGUUAGGAAAGAUGUCACCUGGCUGGCAGAAGUAUGUUAUUGAGCCUGGAGACAGAGGACAGGCUACUGGCCUUCCAUGCAGGCGGUACACAUGGAGAAUGGAAAAGUGUGGCCAUGGAGAAUGAACAUGGAAUACAUGUGUUGCUGAGUGGCACUUGAUGGACUGGGCAGUGCCUCAAAGUGACCAAAUAUGGAACAAGUUUUGGACAAAGUUAAAUGGUGUGUUUUGCACAGGGAAAGAAGUGCUGAUAUUAGUGUUGCUGUGUAGACAUACUCUAGCAAUAUGUACAAUGUUGGAGGA